UUUUUUUUUUAAUAUCGUUUGAUCUUUGUUCACAUUUUAAAGAAAAAUGUAUUCACCUGAUAAUUAUGAAAUCAUGUCUGAAAUCGUGAUGGUGGCGUGUAUCACGGCUCUAUCAUUGUUUUUUGGUAGAAAGAUCGCCGGUAUUGAAGGACCAGUACGUUAUGUGCGCGGUCUUUUACUGCUUCUUUAUGGUUUAAGUUGGGCAUUUGAUAUGAUCGCAUGUAUGUCUACUAGUACAAACAAUGGUAAUUUCAUCUCUUGUAUGAUUGGUUUCUUCAAUUGUGUUCUUUUACAUACCGUUACCAAGGUGGUUUUGUAUCUUUACUUUAUUGAAAAGGCAUACAUCAUUUCCGUUCCUAAAAGCAAGCGAUUAUCAACUACACUUUAUGUAUGUAACCUCUGUAUGCUAGUACCUUAUAUUGGUCUAGUGAUCAUGAUGGUGAUCUACCGUGAAGAAUUGAUCAGUGCAGAUUUCCCUUAUUUCUGCUCCAUUGGUUAUCAAAAGCCAGCUUCAUUAAUUGUAUUGGCCUAUGAAUUUGUUAUCAAUUUGAUGUUUGCCGGAAUCUUUAUCAAGUACAGUUUCUGGCCCAAUACUGCUCAACAAACCUCUCAUCAAUCAUCUUCUUUGCACAUGAUGGCUAAACGUAAUAUCACCGUUGCUAUUGUUUCUGCUAUCAUGGCCAUUGCUAAUUAUGGUGUGGUGAUUUAUUAUGAUGGUGCUCCUCGUGGCUUGAUGGCAAUGACUGUCUCUGCUCUGGAUGUGACAGUAGUAGCUGGUGUUGUUCAAUGGGCUACCUCUCAUCCUGCCGAGAUUCAAAGUUUGGAAAAGUUGUUGCAGCGUGGCAAUGGUGAUAAACCUGUCAAACUUGAAAUCAAGCAACAUCAAGAAGUAGUUGUAUUGACUGAAAUGGCUCAUGAUCGAGUGUAGUAUAUCAUAUCAUUAUCUAUUUUCCUCUUUUUUCUUUUUUUUUUUUUAUCCCUUAGUUAGUAUAAACAAUACAAAAAG